AUGCACAUAAAGUCGAUAGAAUUAGAUGGAUUCAAAUCAUAUUCGCGAAAAGCUUUGAUAAAUGGCUUCGACAAGGAGUUCAAUGCGAUCACAGGUAGAUUGGUACAGCUGUAGUUGGUUCAGUGAAAACCGAUAAUUAUCAGCUUUUUUUUCUUCAAAAUCGGGAAUUCGAAAUUUUUUCUUCAGGUUACAAUGGCUCAGGAAAGUCAAACAUUUUGGACGGUAUAUGUUUUCUUCUGGGUAUCACCAGAUUGGAGAACAUCCGAGCAAGUUCGUCAAUAUGAUUUAUGCGAGAAAAUUUCAACUUUUCAGAGUCAAUGAACGACCUAGUGUUCAAGCAGGGCCAGGCAGGAAUCAUCAAAGCUUCGGUCACAAUAACUUUCGAUAACCGAGACAAAUCUCUCACUCCCAUGGGAUACGAAAAAGCAGAUGAAAUAGUUGUUCGACGAUCCGUCAGUUAGAACCAGGCUCUAUUUCAAGAAACUAUGCUUUUCAGGUAGUUGUAAAUGGGCGCACCGGUUAUUCCAUCAACGGAAUCGCAUAUCAGAACAAUCGAGUUUCUUUUCCCAAUUUUUUUCUUAGAAGUUCUGUUAACUUUCCAGGUGGCAGAUUUCUUCCGCAGCGUCGGUCUUAAUGUGAACAAUCCGCAUUUUCUGAUCAUGCAAGGUCGGAUUACCAAAGUUUUGGGAAUGAAGCCUGAGGAGGUGAAACAAUGGAAUGCAUUACUAUUACAAAUUGCCUGCUUCCAGAUUCUGGGAAUGAUCGAAGAGGCGGCUGGAACGAAAAUGUACGAGCAGAAAAAGAAUGACUCGAUGCGCACCAUUCAGAACAAAGAGCUCAAAGUCGAGGAAAUCGACAAGGUUUUGAUAAUUACACUUAAUCAUAAGCUGCUCUUUCGAUCUCAUUCUCAAAUUUGGAUGUCGAAGGAAUAUCUUUGAUUAAUAAUUCUUCGAAGGUGGAUUUCUUGCAGCUUUUGCGUGAAGACAUCGCCCCGCUGGUUGAUAAAAUGAAAGAGGAUCGGAAAAACCUGAUCGAGUACAACCGGAUCAACAAGACGCUGGAGUCUUGGCGACGGAAAAAGGUCGCCUACACGUAUUACCGGAGUCUGGAAGUGGAGCAGCUCUGUAACAAGGACGCCGAGAAGUGCGACCAGCAGAUCGCCAACAACGAAGAGGAGAUCGGCAUCGCACGCAAGAAGAUUUCCGACACGGAGAAGUUGCUGUCCGAGCAUGAGAAGAACAAGGUGAGCUUGUUUCUUUCGUCUGAGUUCUUGCUUCUGUUUCCAGAAGGGGAAUGAUGCGUUCUCACACCUCGAAGAGACGCUGAAAGGCCUGACAGAAGAAAGAUUGGCCGCUGAAAGUGAACUCGAAGAAGCGAGAAACACAACGAAAAACUAUGAGAACGAACGAAAAAUGAAGAUUGAUUCGCUGGAAAAAGUUUCCAUCGCGAGGAGAUUUGUAUGAUCAUAGGCUUUCAGGAUGAGAGAAAUUUGGUGAAUAAGGUGAAAGAAUUGGACAGAAUUAAAGAAGAAGAGCAGAGGGCUAUUGAGGAGCAGGUGCAGGACGAGAGCGUAUGUUAUUAUUAUCUUUUGCUUUUUAUAGUGAAGAAAACAUUUGAUUAUUACUUCAGGAGGCUUCUCAAUUGAGAACUCAAAUGGAAGCGCUGGCCAAGGGAUUGAUCACGAAUUCGACAGGAGAAACUGUUUCGGUUGAAGAGAAGAUCCAGGGUAGGUAUCCGAGUUGCGCAAACAGAUUUUUCUGUUUUUGGGAAACGUUAGACUUUUACGAUUUCAUUUUCAUUUUUGAAUGUAUCGAGGAUUUUAAUCCUACCAGUCGUCAAAUAACAAACAUUUUGAUGAAUAAUUGUUCACUCUCAAAAACUCAUAUUUCGAAAAAAAAGAACAUGAGAAAGGGUGUCAUCUUUUUUUAUGAUUGAGAAUUUCAGAAAGUCGAACAGAAGCUGCUGAAAUUGAAGCCGAUUUGAAGACGGCAGUUACAAGGUGAAUAAAAACUGUUUCUUGCUAUCAAGUUCGCUUUCAUUACAAGUUAAAAAUGUGAUAAGGAAGUUGAUAAUUAACUUCCUAGCUAUUUCUAAACAUUCGAGCGAGGGCUUGAACUCAUGUCCAUUAUUUAAAAAAAGUGUUAUAGAACAAUAUUUAGAAAAGUAUUUUUACUUAUCGAGUUCAAAAAAUUAUCCAGCAGGGUGUCACUUCUUUCAUCCUCCUCUUGGUUGGCCGGUUAGGAAUAAGUAGUUUUGUAGGAAUUUGUUUCACAGCGGAAAAAAAAAUAAUAGAAAUAGAUAGAUCAAAAGUUAUUUUUAAAUUGCAAGUACGAUAUGUCAUCAACGUCCAUGCGGUAAAAGAAUGUCCUCUUGUCUUCGAAUAAUGGAAUACAAAUUGAUAUGCUCAAGUCUCAUCUCUAAUCGGCCACUCUAAUCGAAUGUUGACGAAAGCUUGCAUAGCCGGAGAUAGAACCGAGAACGGUUCUAUCUCCGGCUAUGCAAGCUUCGCAGCAAUACUUUCAUGAGAUAUUGCUAUGCUCCUUUGAAAAUCUAGAAAGAAAAUAAAAGACUCCGGAUGAAUGUAGAUUUAUGCUGAAUUUGGUUUUUCAGACGCGAUCGUCUGGGACCGAUGAUCAAAGAGUUGAAAGGAAAGUACGAGAAGCAGAGCAAGCAGCAGUCGAACGAGAUGCAGGAGCUGAAACAACGCGAGACGAACCUCGUCCGCAGUGAGGUUCUUGAUGAUAGGCCUCAGCUUCCGAGCUCAUCUCGCCUUGUUUUCAGUCCGAGCUGAGCAAGCUCUCUUUCGACGAGGAGCGCGACCAGGCGGCUCGCACCGAGUCCGACAAAGUCAAGGCCAGCAUCGAUCAGAUCACCGCCAAGAUGCAGCAGGCCCUUCAGAGGUCAGUUCAUGGGGAACAGAAACAAGAUUUUUUUUCCGUUCAGAACCAUUAGACGUGCAGGUGGUUUGCAUAUCAAACAGAGAGUCAUUUUAGGGCUGUUCUCAAGUUUCCACUUUCCAAUGAACGUUUUCUUAGAUUUUUUUUAAAUCAGCUUUUCAAAAAAUCGCUUCUCCAUAAUAACUUUUUCAUUAUAUAAUCAAAUUCGAAGUUUCAAAUGUUAUCAGUAUUCGAAAAAAAAGGCCUUUCGAGGGUAACACUUUUUGUAUCGGUCGUUACUUCUUACUAGUUAUUAAAAUAGACCACGGCGUUUCAAAUCGGGGGGAACUGCUUAAAAAAUUUGUCAAAUCUAGUCGUUGUUAGAACUUUUUGAUUUUAAUCAAUCUAUCUUUUUUGUUUUGUUAUAGUCACAGAUGUAAUCGACUAAGAACAAGAACUUUUAACGCAAUAACGAACUACCGCCUUUGGCGAACUAAAAGUCCAAUAUACGGAAAUGCGAUAGGAAAGAGCUGUUUUGAGAUUUCCGCGAAUGGACGCAUCCUUCAAGAAGCUUCCCACCGGAGACUUCAACUACGAACGCGACGUCGUCGGUCCUAUCAUCACUCUUUUCCGUGUCAAGGACCCACAGCACGCGUUGCCAGUCGAAGUCGCCGCCGGAGGAGCGGUUAGUUGCUUAUUCUUGCACAAUGUUCCGCUCUAG